CCCCAGUCAACGUUACACCAGCCGACCCCCCGGAUCAACAUCGACUAUGUUCGCCCGUCCAAUUCUUCGGAGCGCCCGCCUCCACCCCCGCCCUUCCCUCACAAAACCCUUCUCCACCACCCAGUUUCCCCGGGCAGCAAAACGCCCAUCCACUAAUCCCUUCAAAUCCAACCCCAGCCCCGGUGCCGAAUCACCCUACAAGAAACACAUUGGACUCAAAGUCGGUAUGAUCUUGUCCAUGAUAUACAUGGGUUACCAACUCCUCACCAUUGACCCAUCCAAGGAGGGGCAUAUCAAGCCAAAGACUUUUGAGAAUCAGUUUUUUGCGCCAUUUGAGGUGGAGAAGGUUGAGGAUGUCUCUCCCACUACGAGGCUGUUCAGGUUGAUCCCGACUGAGGGCACUGUGGUGAAAGAAGAGCAACUCCAAGCAAUCGGCCAUGUCUUUGUCAAAAACCCAACAAUGCAAAUCGAACGUCCUUACACACCAACAUCAUGGUCCCCUUCGCACAUCGACCUCCUCAUCAAAGCUUACCCAGAUGGUGAGAUGUCACGGUACAUCCAUCGCCAGCAGCCCGGUGAGAUGAUCCAGGUCAAGGGUGUUUAUGAGACGUGGAAGGUUGACAGGGAGGUUGAGGAGGUUGUGUGUGUUGUUGGUGGAACGGGAGUUGCGGCUGCCAAACAGUUGGUAGAAGAAGUAUGGCAGAAGGCCCCUAAGGAAGGAAAGGAGGAGGCGGUGGACAGGUGGACUCCGAAGAUUACUGUCGUCCAUGCCGCCCGCGACCCGUCCGAGCUCAUUUUCAAAUCCGAAUUCACCAAGCUUGCCACCUCCAACCCCUCCUUCAAUUACCACCCCAUCACUGACGCCCCAUCUUCCGCCACCACCAGAAUUACAGCCGACACGUUGAGGAAGUUGUUCCCAACAGACACUGGCGACAAAGAGAAGGAAAAGAAGAGGAUUGUGUUGGUGUGUGGCUCUGAUGGGUUUGUCGAGUAUGUUGCUGGACAGAAGGGUGUGGGAGAAGGAGAGUUGGGGCAAGGUGUCUUUGGGGGGUUAUUGAGAGAGAUCGGGUGGAGAGGGAAAGUGUGGAAGUUGUAAGCGAGCGGAAGCGAGCUGCUCGAUCGAUGGUCGAGGGCGGGAAGGAGAUACGAAGGAAGUUGGAACACUGCGCUAAAAGGUCAAGAUCUACGACGCAAGAGACGGCAAGUACGUCGACAGAGGCAUAGACAGACGAUACCUAAUAGUUAGAUGAAGAGCAUCUUCGCACACCC